CUAAUCAUAGUAAUGCUUUAGACAUUGAAGUUCUUGUUACUUUUGUGGAGACUGUAGGAGGUUUUUCACCUUCUGUUAUUGAUGCAAGGGUUGGAGAUAAUAUAAUAUUUAGAAAAAAUGAAUUCUCUACCGGAGGUGCACGAAUUGUUGAAGCUGUUAAGGACGGGUCUUCUUGUACAAAAUCUACAGAGCCUGUUGCUGCAGAAUUAACAGAUGCCAACCCAAAAGCUACAUUAAAACUUACAAAGCCUGGUGUACUUCGUUUAUUUGAUGAAGUCAGUGAAAGGUGUAAAAAUGAUGGUCGGUGUGAAAUUAAUGUCAGUGGUGAUGGAACUGUUCCUUCUACUUUCCCUCCUACUUCUACUCCUGCUGCUACUCCUGCUGCUCCUACUACUGUCACUACUACUACUCCCACUACUCCCACUCUUUCUAAUACCCCCCUUUCUAAUGCCCCUCUUUCUAAUACCCCUCUUCCUAAUACCCCUCUUCCUAAUGAUAAUAUCAAUGGGGGCGAAAGUACCGGACUUAUCAUUGGAGCUAUUGGUGGUGGAUUAUUUGUUUUAGCAGCUCUCAUUGUUGUUAUUGGAUUCAUUAU